UAACAGCGUUUGCUUAGAAGGAAAAGGCAAUCCUCCUAGGGAGGCGCGCACGCGUUGAACGCAAUGGAGAGAAACUGAGCUCUCCUCCCCCCGCCCGAUCUCCUGCCUGAGCCGGGCAAAAGGCCACGCCUCCUCGCUCUUCUCUCCCUCCCUGUUCCUUUAGCCUGGCAGCCGGAGCUGGGAGGCGUGAGUCAAGGAGAAGAAGGGAAGAGUGGGGUGCCUUCCUUUUGGAAAAGGGGCGUCAGCUAGAGCCCAGCAGAGAAGAGAGCGAGAGAGCGCGCGCUAGGAGAAGCCGCUCUGCCUUAGACACCGGGGGAAGACGAUGAAGUAACAGAGAUGCUUCCCUUUUUGAUCGUCACCCUGGGCUCAGCAGAGGCGGCCUGCAGGACCUCCAGCUGCAACAACAGCACCAAGGAUUACUGCUACAGCGCCCGCAUCCGCAGCACGGUGCUGCAGGGCUUGCCCUUUGGAGGGGUGCCCACCGUCCUUGCUCUUGAUUUCAUGUGCUUUCUUGCACUGCUGUUUGUUUUUUCCAUUUUACGUAAAGUGGCCUGGGAUUAUGGGCGUCUGGCACUGGUGACUGAUGCUGAUAGGCAACGACGCUGGCAGCUGGAGCAAGAGGAGCGGGAAUAUGUGGCAUCCGCCUUGCAUUCUGACAGCCAUGAUCGCUAUGAGCGCCUCACUUCUGUCUCCAGCUCUGUGGACUUCGACCAAAGAGACAAUGGCUUCUGCUGCUGGUUGACAGCAAUCUUCAGGAUAAAGGAUGAUGAGAUCCGUGAUAAGUGUGGGGCUGAUGCAGUCCAUUACCUCUCCUUCCAGCGGCACAUCAUAGGACUGCUGGUUGCCGUGGGUGUCCUCUCUGUGGGCAUUGUGCUGCCAGUGAACUUCUCAGGGGACCUGCUAGAGAACAACCCCUACAGCUUUGGGAGAACAACUAUUGCUAACUUGAAAUCUGGGAAUAACCUCUUAUGGCUGCACACAUCCUUUGCCUUCUUGUACCUGUUGCUGACUGUGUACAGCAUGCGUCUUCACACCUCCAAGAUGCGCUACAAAGAGGAUGAUUUGGUGAAGCGAACUCUCUUCAUUAACGGAAUCUCAAAGUAUGCUGAAUCUGAAAAGAUCAAGAAGCAUUUUGAGGAAGCCUAUGCAAACUGCACGGUGUUGGAGGCACGCCCCUGCUAUGAUGUGGCCCGGCUGAUGUUCCUUGAUGCGGAGAGAAAAAAGGCAGAGCGUGGAAAGAUCUACUUCACCAACUUGCAGACCAAGGAGAACACCCCAUCCAUGAUCAAUCCCAAGCCCUGUGGCCAUCUCUGCUGUUGCGCUAUCAAAGGCUGCGAAGAGGUGGAAGCCAUGGAAUAUUACACCAAACUGGAGGAAAAGCUGAAAGAGGACUAUAAGAAGGAAAAGGAGAAAGUGAACGAGAAGCCAUUGGGCAUGGCCUUUGUCACCUUCCAUAAUGAGGCCAUUACAGCCAUAAUCCUUAAAGACUUCAACGUGUGCAAGUGCCAAGGCUGCAAGUGCCGUGGGGAACCCAAGGCCUCCUCCUGCAGCGAGUCUCUCCAUGUCUCCAAUUGGACAGUCUCAUAUGCGCCUGAUCCUCAGAACAUUUACUGGGAACAUCUAUCCAUUUGUGGCUUCAUUUGGUGGUUCCGCUGCCUGAUCAUCAAUGUGGUGCUCUUCCUCCUGCUCUUCUUCCUCACCACUCCUGCCAUCAUCAUCACCACUAUGGACAAGUUCAAUGUUACCAAGCCUGUUGAGUACUUGAACAAUCCCAUCAUCACCCAGUUCUUUCCCACCCUGCUGCUGUGGUGCUUCUCUGCUCUGCUUCCAACAAUUGUGUAUUAUUCAGCAUUCUUUGAAGCCCACUGGACCAGGUCUGGAGAGAACAGGACAACCAUGCACAAGUGCUACACUUUCCUCAUCUUCAUGGUCUUGUUGUUGCCAUCGCUGGGCCUGAGCAGUCUGGAUGUAUUUUUCCGCUGGCUGUUUGACAAAAAGUUCCUGGAGGAGGCUGCUGUAAGAUUUGAGUGUGUGUUCUUGCCAGACAAUGGGGCCUUCUUUGUGAACUAUGUUAUAGCCUCUGCCUUCAUUGGGAAUGCCAUGGACUUGCUGCGCAUCCCCGGCCUACUGAUGUACAUGAUUCGGCUCUGUCUUGCCCGCUCAGCUGCUGAACGCAAGAAUGUCAAACGGCAUCAGGCCUAUGAAUUCCAGUUCGGGGCUGCUUAUGCCUGGAUGAUGUGUGUCUUCACUGUGGUAAUGACCUACAGCAUCACCUGCCCCAUCAUAGUUCCCUUUGGUUUGAUGUAUAUGCUACUGAAGCACUUGGUGGACAGAUACAACCUCUAUUAUGCCUAUCUGCCAGCCAAAUUGGAUAAAAAGAUCCAUUCAGGGGCUGUGAACCAGGUGGUGGCUGCACCUAUCCUCUGCCUCUUUUGGCUCCUCUUCUUCUCUACUGUGCGCUCAGGGUUCCUGGCUUUCACAUCCAUGUUUACUUUCGUGGUUCUUGUCAUCACCAUCGUGAUCUGCUUGUGUCACGUCUGCUUUGGACACUUCAAAUACCUCAGUGCUCACAAUUACAAGAUUGAUCACACAGAGGUGGAUGCUGUGGAUGGAAGGGAAAAUGGACGUCCUGCUGCUAACCACCCACCUGCUCCUAAAUCAGCCCAGAAGUACAUUGCCCAAGUGCUGCAAGAUUCUUCACCAGAGGGUGACGUGGCAGAGUCUGAAGAACAGGGGUCCCAGGACGAGGAGCUCAUCAACCCAAAUGGCAUGAAUGAUACGGAUUUCCAGUCAUGCGAAGACAGCCUGAUAGAAAAUGAGAUCCAUCAUUAGGGAUGUAGGAAUGCAAGAGGGGGCGGGGAGUCCUGUGAGCUGACGAGGCUGCUGGGUACUGUGUACGUGUGUGUAUGAGUGAGUGAGUGAGAGAGACCAAGGAAGUGGAAGAAAGGACAGCCCAGGACAGGCACCGUAUCUGCUGCUCCUGCCUGCCCGCCCGCCCACCCGGCUGCUGCCUUAUUGCUCCUUUCGAGGUCAGAAGAGACCUCUCCAUCGGACCUCCAUUCCCUCUCUUUCCUAUUGGUCUGCCUAUGUUGUUCCCUCCCUCUGUCCUCGUCUCUCGGGAUGGGAGGAGCUUUCUCUUAAAAGCUGCCCACCCUUAACCCUUUCCAAAACCCUACAGACCUGAGCUGGAGCAGAGAUGGAGCAUGACUCUGCUCUUUGCUCCAUUGUGGUUGGAGGGUGGAGGGUGGGGAGGUGAAGCAAAAGGAAGGGCAACAGACGCCAGGAUGCUUCCCAGUGGCAAAAGUCUCCUCCCAGGGAGCACAUGCUCCCCCGUUCUCCAAUCCUGUAUCUAGAAUCACAAAACACUAAUUAUUAGGUUUACAAAAGAACUCAGCUUUAAUCAAGGUACUGAGUUUCCAAACGAAGAGAGAGUGGCUUUGAACCUGGCUGGGAUCAGGGAUUCCAGCCAAGCGGAGCUGUUUUUUAACCUAUAUAUAAAUCGCCUCCAUGCCUGUGCAUCAGCAAGAAUUUCAUCUCUGGUGCCUGAGACGCAACCCCUAUGGCAACUGCAGUCUUGGCCAGCCCUUUCCACUCUGUCUGUCCAGGGAAGGCUGCAGACAUGAGCAGACUAGAGCCAGAGGGAUUGUACAGAAAAGGGCCCUGCUGCCAUGAACGCUCCCCGAUGAAAGCCGCAACUGGAGAGUGCCACCUAAUGACAGAGACUCCCCAUGAGCAGCUGCUAGUGGCAAAAGCAGCUCCAUUGGCAAAAGAGCCCCUUGCAGGGCAAGGGGAAUGCAGGGGAUUGACAAAGACAAUUGUCACCACUAGGCUGACAGUACGUCUCUUCCCCUCCCAAUCCAAACAACUAUGAUAGACCAUGUUAAGCAAGACCAGGAGUCUUGAAACAGAGACAAAAUUAUUUGGGCUCUGCAGCAGCAUUUUUGCACACUUGUUUUAUCUUUGAAACUGACUAAAACCCAAAUGCUCUCUAGCCCAGUCUAAUUUCUAGGGAGGCAGAAGAAGGUUGGGUUUCUAAAGACUUGCUAGAGAGAGUGAGACCACUGGAUCCCAGGUGCUGUGGAGCUUUCUAGCUUUGCCUUGGCACGUCGCUUCAGGCCUCCUGUGCAUUCAGUCAUCAGCAGCUCAGCUCUUCUUGGACCAACCUCACUGCCUUGCAUGCGACUCCAAGGAACUGCCUUAUGACUUGAGGUGUCGCAGCCUCCUGAGCUUUCUCUUCAAAGGGUUGCUGUAGAACUUCCAUCCCACCUGUUUGCAUCAUUUGCACAGAAGGUUGGGGUUCCCCAAUGAAUAGGGCUGUUUGGCUUUGUAAGAUUGGUGUGAGCCAAAGGGUGUAAUAGAAUAAAUCUCUGUGGAUACUUUAAAUCUAUUUGGAAAGGCAUUUUCCAGCCUUAGAGGGGAGAGGGAACUAGAAGGAACACAGGUGGAGCCAGGGGUCUCGAUAGGAAUGCCCCACCCUUUGGGGUGGCUUUUGGGGAUGUGGAGAAGCAAUGGAUUCCCUUGCACUUUUGGUGAGUCUUGCCUUCAGCUGGGGACACUCGGCCUGUUGAUUAGAUUCAGUCUAUUCUUAUUCUUGAGCUGAGUCCCUUUAUCUGAAUCAGGCUCAUUUUCCAACACAUGCGCACAGAUACACAUACACAAACACAGAAAGAAGGCCAGGCUGCUGUUUAGCUUAAAUUUUGCAUUCCCUUUGCCUCCACAACUCUGUUUCUCCCCUGCCAUAAGCAAUCCUUGAGGGAUGCUACCAGUGUUAAUAGAAGCAGAGACCAAUCCCAACCCUCCAAAGCGGAGGUGGGUGUAAUUAACUGUCUUUGUUCUUCCUGCCAGGGGCUUGAAGCUUUUUUAAAGAUAUGACUAGACCAAGUCUCAAUCUCUUAACACUGGGCAGGGCUACAGAGGGACGAUAUAUCUCCAUGGUAAAAGCAGGGAGCUGGAACACAGGCACAGUCAAGACUGCGCAAGUCACAGAGUCACAAAAAACAAGCAAGAAGCCCUUUGCUUUCUGCUUUUUGACUUGGGAACCCCAGAAAACAGGGAGAAGGAGCUGGACUUCGCACUCCCUUCUAGGAGGAGACACGAGAGUUUGAGGAGCUCAGUUCGCCCUUGGAAGCUGCUGGGCCAUAGCUUGUGGUGGCGUCUAGGAGCUGGUGGGGAGGAGUGUAGGAGCCUGUGUUUAGAGCAUCCCUCAUUGAUCUCCCACUGUCAUCAUUGCCACCACAUACUCAGCUGCACUGCUGCUGGAGAAUGCACGUGGGUUUUAUUUUAAUAGUUUGUUCCAAGGAUGUUUCUUGGAUACUGUCUAGAAAUAGUAUGUGUUCCAUGCCAGGGUUUCCUGUCCAUGCCUGUAUUGGUCCCUUGGCACCAUAUUCCUAAGCCCAGCCACCACUGCCCUAUCUGCAUCAGCCCCACAACCUCAACUUGGGACAACUGGGAUGGCUCUGAUCUCCCUGGAUAUACAGCUGUAGUGCAGGUCUGGCCUAUGCAGGUGAUUAAUGGAUGUGUCCAUUGGUGCCCCCCCCCAGCAGGGAGCUGUGUUCUAACUGGCACUGUGUCUGUGUAGAGAUGUGUAUAAUACCCUGUAUAUAUUUGUGUAAAAAAGAAAAGGAACUUACCAUA